AUCUGAAAACUAAGCUUGUUACAAUAUCCUGAAUCAACUUGUUCUUUUCCAUCAAACCUUUGAACAGAUCACGUUGUCUUUAUUCCUUUAUCUUCCAGUUUUAUUUUGUACCAUGUGUUAUGCUGAUUACACAUCUAAAUCCUGUUUCACUGAUAUAUCAUACAUUAUGUUCAGGCUGCAUCUCAAGUUCAUGGGGGACAAUUUGCAGCUGGAUUUGUUGAUGGUUCUGUAAGACUCUAUGAUGUCAGGACACCGGAAAUGGUUGUCUGUGAAUUACGGCCCCACACACAACGAGUAGAAAAGGUUGUGGGGAUCAGCUUUCAACCUGGACUAGAUCCAGGAAAGAUUGUCAGUGCUUCUCAGGCAGGGGAUAUACAAUUCCUUGAUAUCAGAAAUCAGACAGAUGCCUAUCUCACUAUUGAUGCUCACAGGGGCUCACUUACAGCUUUAGCAGUGCAUAGACAUGCUCCGAUUAUAGCCAGUGGUUCAGCCAAACAAAUCAUCAAAGUCUUUAGCCUGGAGGGUGACCAACUAGGCUGUAUUAGAUAUUAUCCAACCUUGAUGGCCCAGAAAAUUGGUUCCGUCAGCUGUCUCAGUUUUCAUCCAUACCAAGUAUUGCUGGCCGCUGGUGAUGCAGAUGCUUGUGUUAGCAUCUAUGCUGAUGAGAACACCCAAGCAAGAUGAAUCAACAUAUCGCCCAUGAUAUCAUAUUUUUUGGUUCUCUCUUCUCUGCGUAGUUGCAACAAAGUACAAACAUGAUAUCAGGAGCACCAUACACACGGUUGAAUCAUCGUGCUAUGCUGCUGCACCCGUCAGCUGUGAAUACAUCUGGAAAUAUUGGGUAGGAUGCACUCUACUGAUCGUCUAUGGAAUUUAUUCAUUAGCCUCCGUGGGAGCCAGCUGCACUCGGUCCUGAAGAAAAAUCCUGAAUAUUGGUUGGAGGCUUUGGCAAAUAAUGUCAUUUUCUUUGUGUAAAUAUCCCCUAUUGUUUUGCCUUUCUGCUGUGUGAUGUUCGCACUCUUGCCCAUUGUGUAUAUUUAUUUAGGUGAAAUCAUAAGCUCGUGCCGCUGAUAGGUGUGAUUGUCUCCUGAAAUGUGGGGCUUAUCCACUCAUGAUUGUAAUUUAUGUUGAAUUCGAUUCUUGUUUCUGCUAACAUGUAAUUAAAUUUAAGCUUGUGUCUAUUUGCUUUUCUUCAA